UUGAUAAUCCUUGAUAAUGUUAGGGGCUGUUCACUUAUUACGUAACGCGAAAAAAUGACUUCUUAGACCCCCCCCCCCUCGUAACAAAAUUUGUAUGAAAAAAAAAUUUCCUUGUUUGAAUCGUAACAAAAUCUUAGACCCCCCCCUCCCCCUAAAAGCGUUGCGUAAUAAGUGAAUGGCCCCUUACGAUUGUAAAGUUUUUUAACAAGAAGGAAAUAUUAUUUUUGGUGAUAAGAGCCAAUGCCUGCUCAUUUCAAUCAGAAAUGUUUUUCAGUCUAAAACUUCUGUUAGGAAAACAUGUCAAUACUUACACAUUUACUAAAGGUCUGGCUGAAAUACUUGCAUUGCAAGAGACGAAAGGUCUACCAUUUAGCAUUAUUCGACCUUCUGGUGUUUGUCCUUCAAUUGUUGAGCCUAAAGUAGGAUGGGUUGACAGCUAUACAGCUCUCGUACCUUUUAUUGACACAAUUCAGGCAGGAAUUUUUAGAUCUGGAAUUAUUGGUAGAAAGAAUAUUUCAGACGUAGUUCCAGUUGAUAUGGUUUCAAACUUGACAAUUGCUGUGUCAUGGAAAGUGGCAAACGAUGGUGCACAGAAUAACGAUGCUCCAUCAAUUUAUCAUAGCUCAUCAGCUACUUCAAAUCCUAUUGUUUUUGAGGAAAUGUUUAGAUUGACGAUUGAAAAUGCAAAAAUUUAUCCACCUAGUUACAUUGCUUGGAUGCCACAAAUAAGAUACCAUGAAACAAAGCUAGCUGACAAUAUUGAUAGAUUCUUUACAGGCUAUUUGUUUGUGAAUGUAAUGGACUUUAUGUUGGUUAUGUUUGGAGGCAAGCCAAAAGCUGCAAAAUCACUUGAUAGAAUAAUGAAAAUGUAUGACGUUCUUAACUUCGCUCACACACAACCAGUAAACGUCAUAUCCAAUAAUUACAAGAAACUAAUGAAUUUAAUGAACGAAUAUGAUCAAAAAGAGUUUUAUUUUGAUCCAUCUACCAUAAAAUGGCCAGAAUAUAACAAGAAUAUGUUGUUUGGGAUUAGAAAGUAUAUUUGGAAGGAAAGUGGAAAUCCACAAGAUUCAUUUAUUGGCAAAAAGAAGCUCAGAAUAAUAAAAGCUGUGAGUUUUUUACUGAAUGUGCUAGCUCUUGGUGGAGCAGCUUAUGGCUUCAAAAAAGGUGGUGAAUGUUUGUUAAGUAAAUUGUGAAAUCAAAAUAAAAAGUAAAAAUUUAAAUAAAUUGUUCGUAAUUAAGUUGCA